GCAGAGGGUUAGUUUGAUCUGAGAACCGUCCUCAGUGCGCAUGGCAAACGGGAUCCGCCGCUGCACCGACUCCAUCGAGUCUACUUUGUCAUUUGCAGACCUUUUCUAAAGACGAUCCGGAAAUCUGUGUCUUCUGGCACCUGCGAACAAAAGAGCGGAUCUCGCCAUAUGCGCUGGGUGGGAUGGGAUUCAGUGUGCCACCACAGGAUGCACACAAAGGCACCAGCUCCCCUGAACAAGCAAGCCUGAGGAUAUUUCACUUUGUGCCAAAGUAGGAAUACUACUGAGUUGCGUAAAUCUUGAAUUUGCGCAACUGGUUCUUUUUUUAGAAAGGAACAUUUUGGCGUCCCCGCGGACUCUGCUGCGCGCUUUUGCACAAAGAAGCGCGUCCGGCUGGGUUUGAGCUGCAGUCCAUUUCACACCAACUGCAUUGCUACAACUGGAGGAGAGCACGUGUUUCUGAUGAAAGUGUGUGGCUGGAGCUUUUGUCGUGGACUCUUGGCUGGAUGGACCGACUUGCGUCCACAAGUGCGGUGCUGAUAUGUCAACCGGCUGCAGAUUAUGUCACUUUUCAAACACACUACAAUGUGACAGCGUGGUGCGCGCACAUGGAAGAGAUGCUGCCGUAGAAGUGCAGUGAGGGGAGCAGGACAGGGACCUCCAGCUGGCGCAUGCACCCCCGCGAACGGCGUCUCCGAUGAGGAGCUUGUCGCUGUCCGACGCGCGAGUGGUGCUGAAAUUCGGAUGAUGCCUGGCCAGCGACUGCAGGGCUGCCGCUCCCUGCACCUAAACGAGGACAACGGCCGCUUCGCGCUGCUCGCCAUCCUCAUUCUGGUGUACCUGCUGUGCGGCGCUGCGGUGUUCUCGGCCAUAGAGAGGCCCUCGGAACUGCGGGCUCACGGCCGCUGGAACGGGACGCUCCACAACUUUAGUGAGACCUUCAACAUCAGCCUGCAGGAGCUCAACUCCUUCCUGCGUCAAUAUGAGGCUGCCAUCGCCGCGGGGGUCCGGGCAGACGCUUUGAGAGCAAGAUGGGAUUUUACAGGAGCUUUUUAUUUUGUUGGAACAGUGGUGUCCACUAUAGGUUUUGGGAUGACGACUCCUGUGACAGUUCCAGGGAAAGUGUUCCUUAUCUUUUAUGGACUUCUUGGCUGCGCUGCCACCAUCCUCUUCUUUAACCUCUUCCUGGAGAGAAUCAUCACGCUUCUGGCUGUGGUGAUGAAGGCCGUCAGGGAGAGGAGAAUCAGGAACAGUGGUCUGCUCCCACCAGGUAUCCGCCAUGACUUCUCUGCCUACUCUCUGCCGGGAUGGAAGCCCUCCGUGUAUCACGUGAUGCUGAUUCUGGGCCUGUCCGCCAUCACCAUCUCCUGCUGUGCGUCAGCCAUGUACAGUCCUGUGGAGGGCUGGCUGUACUUGGACUCGCUCUACUUCUGCUUUGUCACCUUCAGCACCAUCGGCUUUGGGGACUUUGUCAGCAGCCAGAGCGCUGCCUAUGAGUACCAGAGCGUCUACAGGGUGGCCAAUUUCUUCUUCAUGCUGAUGGGCGUGUGCUGCAUCUACUCACUCUUCAAUGUCAUUUCUAUCGUCAUUAAGCAGGUGCUCAACUGGAUGCUGGAGAAAAUGAGCUGCUUGUUUUGCCAGCGUUGCAACAAAGCCAACGCUUUCCUAGGCAGGCGCAACGCCAUCCGUCCGGGCUCCAAGAGUCGCCAGGCCCGGUUGGGCCACUCGCCCGAUUCAGACGGACCUUGUGACAGCGACAAUGAGGGGAGGAGAUUAUCAGGAGAGAUGAUCUCCAUGAAAGACCUCGCAGCCUCGAACAAGGUGUCCCUGGCCAUCAUGCAGAAGCAGCUAUCUGAGUCCGCCAACGGGUAUCCCAGGACAGUCUGUGGCAGCUCGCGCCACAACGGCUUCUCUGGAGGGGUCGGAGCCCUCGGUAUCAUGAACAACAGAUUGGCAGAGACAAGUAACUCAAGGUAGACGCUAAAGUAUAGGAGAUCGUUAACCUGACACAGCAGAAAAGACGCAAGGCCUUAGGAGGAACCUGUAGCUUAUUACGCAUGACACGUUUUUGAUCCACUUUGGAUGGGAAUUUCAAGCCUGCAGCGCUGAUCGUUAAUUCUGGAUGAUUAAUUUACUUGAAAGAGACGACAUGAAGACAGAACUGAUGAGGAAGCCUGGGAACUGCUUGUUUCAUGAGCCUGAACCCCCGAAAAACAGAACAAAAACAGAGGUACCCACUGUUUGCUAAAAACAUCCGACUUGAUGACUGAAGCGUUUUGCUGUAAAAAAAAAAAAAAAGACAGUUAAAAAAUAGCCACGGUAAGCAAACAGCACAGAUGUUGUUCUCUCUGAAUUUUGUUCAAUUAUAUGAAUGCACAUAUUGAAUGCUGAUAAACAAAUAUAUUAUCUGAACGAUAUAGCACAUACAGUUCUAUGCAUUAUACUUCUCAUACACAUGCACCAUGUUUGCCAUUGAUUCUGCAAAACCCAUUUUUUUCUUUUUCCAUCCUUGGUUGAUUGAUUUUCUUUCUGGGGCAACAGUGGUGAUGUCAGCGGGGCUGUAGUGCUCGGUGGUUCUCCUGUGUCACGCCAGCUGGCCACCGGGAGUCAUUUCCUCUUGAGAUGGAAAAAAAAAAAACGAGAUGAAGGAGGAAAAUCUAUUUCUUGUAUGUGAGGAAAUGGGCUCCUUAUCAACUAAACACAGGUUUCAGCAGCAAAACUGACUCAAGUCAAAGGCAAAGUUCAGUUUUUUCUCCCUCCUCAUUUAAAGUCCUGGCUCUCUUCCUCGGAACUGAGCACUUUUGAUGUAUUAUUUGUUCAUUUAAGGCGGGCAAAUAAAUAAUUGGUGAAGCUGAAUAACUGUGAAAUACCAACAGUAUCUUUACUGGGGCAACAUAAACAAGAGGAGGAGAUAAAUUAGAGCAGAAUCCAAGAAAUUCCAAUUGCUUUUCCAAACGCACAGAGAUUAUUUUAAACACAAGAUUACUUUUACUAGUUUUACGGAAAGAAGAAAGAUUAAAGAGUUACUUCAAAAAAGUGUGAGUUUUGACAGAAGUGUUUGUCAUUUUAAGGUUUAUAUUCAACGGCCUAAAUCCACUUAAAAUAUGCAGACAUUAGGCUACAAAAACUCUCUGAGGUGAUUGUUAGAAAACAUGCUUAUAAAGACACAAACGGACAGCUAAAAACAUUUUUAGAAACUUAUGGCAAACUGAAUCUUUUUCCAUGUCUUUUCCAGAUGUGGACGAUUAAUAAUCAGAUCAAAUUGAAUCCCAACAAUUUCCUCCAGCUGCAAAUGCUUUAAAGAAAUAAUCAUUGUAAGAUGAGGUUUUUUUAAGGGGACACUGUUUUUUCCAACUCAGUAUAAAGCGUGAAGGUUGUCUAUUAGUGGAACUCAAAAAGCAAAAACAUCUGAACUGAAAUUUAUAAGCUGUGAUAUAAAAAAAUCCAAUUUGGUUAAAAAAUUCCAGUGAAGUCAGAUUAUUUUAUCUGUGAACUAAUGGGAUUACAAGUGACCGGCAGGUAGCAUUUUUGGGUCACUCCCAUAGCAAGCAGUGAAGAGGAGUAAGAUUUAAAUGAGGUUUGAAGAAGGAACUUCCAACAGAAUGGCAGUAAAUGUAACCGUCUGCUAUGAUUGGUCGGAAAGAACGUGAAGGAGACAAAACAGAAAAAAACAGAAACAUCUGAAUACAAGGUAGUUAUUCCAGCAGUAAGACAAACACAAAAUCACUAGAGCAGAUAGCAGUUUGAAGCUUGAAAGUGAUAAGACAAAAUAGAUUUUUUUUUGUUCCAAAUCAACAGGAUAUACAGGAUGAGGAUUGAAAAUAUCAAAAUCUCUAAUAUUGGUAACGACAUGUGUUUGUAAGUUAUGAUAGCAGGGACAAACACACAAAUGUCUGCAGAAGACAAGAGACUUAAAACUUUGUGACUGCAAUAAUUGACAGGUAGAAAUAGACUGAAGGAAGGUCCACAGUACAGGAGAUGUAGAAAAACAACAUCCUGUUUCAUCCAAAACGGGUUUUAAAACAGGAAAUCAGACAAACCUCUUCAACCACAACCUUUCAUGAAUAACCUUAACUUUCCUCAACACCCUCUCCAAUUGUCCCUGGAUGUGAGGUUUGGCGAAAGCGAUUUCAAAUCUGUUAUGUAAAAUCCAAAAACAAAGCAUUCAGCAGCAAAACUGAUGGCCAGCCACACCAUCCUUUACCACAAAAGAAGGUUUUGGGUGUUGUCUUAAAGAUAAAGAUGGAAAUUCCGAGAAUAUCUAGAGAUCCUGCAGACUGAGAACGAAAUGUUCUGCUUGUAAAAUAAAGUACAGUGAAGGGGAUUGAUCAAGCGUUGGGCUUUUAAUGGACCCACAAGGUCUCCCACUGCAAAAGGUGCAAAAGAAAAUCUUGUUUAAAUGGACAACAAUGCAAAACUAGACCUCAAAAUCGACAAUGGACUACCUCAAGAUGAAGACUAAACUCAUAAAGCAACAAAAACCCAUAGAUAUACCUCAAAAGUAUCACGAAUGCUACGAUAACCAAUACACUGCAGAACUGGAAAAAAGGUUUUCACCUCCCGAGACCAUCAAAUACAUAUUUUAUCAAAUAAAUUAUGAGAAAUGUUUUAUUUUACCAAACUUGUUGACAGUGACCCCUUCCAAACCCCUUAAGGUUCAUUUGUUUAAUUAAAUGUAAGAGGCCCAAUUUUCCAUGUGAAGACCAAAUGAAACAUUUGACAUUUUAUUUCUUUGCCCGUAAAUCUUUAACCAUGCUAAACUUUUCUUGGUGACAGAAUGUAAGCUGAGGAGGGUCAUAUCUUUGCCUGCCAGUUCAAUCCCAGGAGUAGAACAUGUUCAAUAAUUCAGACUGAAAGUGGUGGAGUCAGUCUGAGAUCCUGAGGGCGAAAACCAAACCUUGAAGGCUUUUUUUUUCACUUGCAGUGAUUUAUGAUAGUUUUUACAUGUUUUUCUGGAUUUAAAACAUACAAAAAAUCCCAACAGAGGCCAUUUGUGUCAGUGGAAAUGUGCAGUUAAUGGCAACAACCAACGCUCUCAUUGCAGGUAACUGUGUCCUCCUGUCUCUGUAAUCUAAAGCCAUGUGAUGCUUCACGUUGCUUAGACUUUCCAGGCAGUGGGGAAUGAAAAGAGGUGAUGAAGAGGGAGCAGCAAAGAGGAGAAAGCUGGAGAAAGAGGGGAUGAAGAGUUAAGGUGCUGGUAAUUGACUCCCUUUGGAGCCGAGGUCACGGUCGAUGUAAAUUCUUGGCCAAGAACUCAUCUGCUGCAUUCAUCCAUCUUUCUGCAUCCAUGCCCCCCCGACCCUCCACCUGCCUUCCUCUUCCCUGUCAUCUCUGCGCCGCCGCCUCCUUUUCCUUUCCCUGCAGAUCUCAGCUGCCUCUCCUCUCGCCCUCGUCACAUUUACACUGUGAAUAACAGACAUGCCAUUAAUGUACAUAUGUAAAGCAAUGGAAUGUCUUCAAAUGUCACUUUCACAAGAAUGGACAUUGAUUUGAAUAAUUUCCUUCACUCCCGGCCUCGUUGAAAGGAAUCGAGAAAACGACUCAGGUAGUUAAAUCUUCAGGCUUAUCUUAGUUUUCCCUGCAUGCCAUUAUGGUGAAGCCAUAGCUGUACAUAAAAACAGAGUAAUCUUUAAAAUCUAUUUUUCUACAUCUAGCUUUCAAAUAUUUCGGGUACAGUCUCAUAACAUUCAGCAUUCUGGACUGGAAAAACUGAAAAACUUUGAUCACAUGAACAUGGUUUUUGCUCAAAAGGCUAAAGAGAAGAUUUUAGUUUUGCUUUUAAGACAAGAAAAUUACAUCUGUGGGUCAGAUCGGACUUCCGAUCAAACUCACAAAAGCGUUUUCCCCACAAUUUCUAUCUUUAGCAGCUCCUAUACUGGAGUGGACUUGUGCAGUUAUCACACACUGCCUUUGCAAAAUAGACAAGACAAAGUCCUGCGAUGUUUGACCUCCUACAUGGGCAUGAAGCACCAAAUGACAUUUCCAAUCCACUGGUUUUUCCUGCUGCACUGUGUUUCCAACCUCCUUCUUGAAUCUUUUUAUGCAGUGGUCUCCGACCCCCGGGGCCAUGGACCGGUGUUUUACUUUUUAUAUCAUCUACGAUUUAUUUUGGAAAACUGCUGGAUUCUUCACCACAUCCGACUCAUUCUUGACGCAUGUCAAGUCGCUCGGUCAGGUGUUGAAAAUCCAUCCGCUACUUUCUUCAAGCGUCUGCGCAGACCGCUAAAGUGAAACCUCCAAGUUAGCAAAAAACAACAGUAUUUGAAAAAUUCUCUUUUGUCAGUGAGGAAACAAAAGAAGAGCCUGUUACUUCAAAAUAAAAGUAAUCUGCAUUUCACAGACAAAAACCAGGAGUCUUUCCUCUAAAUAUAGAUUUAUUGUUACAGUUGUUCCAACAGACUAUAUUCAUAAUGCUUAACAUCCAGCAACUGGCUGAAAACUAAAGUUUCUCAAACAGUGUAUUCAGGUUUAUUAUUUUAUUUAAUAAAUAACAGCUUUUUCUGUGUUUAUCCAGUCUGAUUUUUAAGCUUCCACUUUGACAGUCAUGGGUUAAUGGGAAAAUCUAGAUCACAUUUGAAUGGUUCCUAUACGUAGUUUAAGGGCCAGUUUACAAACAAAAACACAAAUUUUUUUUUUAAUUACAACUUGAAAGUCGUAAAUUUACGAGAAAAAAGUCAUAACUGUAAAAUCACGAUAAUAAAGUCGUAUAUUUAUGACUUUAAAAGUCAUAGGCUUAAUUUAUGACUUUUUUUCUCGUAAAUUUUGGUGUUUUAAAGUUGUAAAUUUACGACAUUAGAAGUCGUAAAUUUACGACAUUAAAACACGUAAAUUUACGAUAAAAAAGUCAUGAAUGCACAAAAAAAAGUCAUAAAAUAACAAGAAAAAACACCAAAGUUUUCGGUUUAUCUUAGCCUUGUUUGAAGAUGAAAGAUAGUUUUGUGAAGCUUUUUUUCCAGAAAGAUUUAAAAAACAAAGAAAUUUAGAACCUUUUUUGGGACUCAAAAUCAAAUUGUUGUCAGCGUAGCCAGCUUUCCGGGGUAGAGUUUUUAAAGUGGAGUUUUAUAUGUAAAAGUAGGAGCUCAGAGACACGUUUGGGUGUAGAGGGCCCCUACUUUAUUCUUCCAUUAUCAUUCACACACCCAGAAGUCCAUUGGUCACCUUACAUCAUAUAACUGUCAUGCACACAAAAAAAAACCAAAGCGGAAAGAAAACAGUGUUACACACGCCCCUCUUCCAGAUCAAAUGUCUCGUUUCAACAUGAAACAACAAAGAGGAAUGAAAAUAGUCUGUGAAAAUGCCAGAAACUGGGCCACUUCGGACGGAAACAUCAUACAGGCUUGGAAAAGGUGUUGUCUUUGUUGCAGGAAGAAAGGUUUGAAGUGGACAUCUCCAAGGAUACCGACCGCUUCAUCAAUGGGCUGCAGAGAUCCUGCAAGCCAACCAUCAAUGAAUAAAACAUUAAUAAACCGUAAAUCCAAGAAAUGAGCUUUCAAACAUUUAUAAACAUCCAGCUCACCUGUUCAACUAAGUCCAGUCUGUCUUCUCUGCUGCUGCACAGCGUUCACUUGCUGCUCUGGAUGCUCACUUCCACUUUAAUCUCGUAAAUUUAAUAGAUUAAAGUCGUAAAUUUACGACUUUAUAUCUCGUAAUAUUACUUUAUUUUUGGUGGCCCUAAAACGCCGCCGUAAACGUGAAAUCGAGUGAACAACUAGGUGUAAAGCAUCUGCAGCAGAUAUGUUACAGAGGAUGAAGAUAAAAUUUCCCCUCAAAAGUUUAGGGAAACUGGAAGCUUAAAAAAACAAAGAAUCAACCUCGUUUGUGAAAAUAGUGUCUAGCAUUGAACUAGUCCUGGAAAAGGUUGGGACCCACUGAUUUUAUGCCUCAGCAUUCAUCUGAGGCUUAAGGUUAAAGGGGUGUCGUGAUUUCCCCCCGCACACAUAAAAUCGACAGCUCUGGAUCCAUGACUCUGCAGCAAAGACCAGAUGAAACAUUUUUGAUCAUCCAAGCUCAAAUGAAAAAGAGACUGAACCAAACAGAGAGUUCACUUCUGAGUCAAUUCAAAUAUAUUUCACUUCACACUUUUCCAACGCUUAACUGUUGUAUGUAGAGAAAAAAAAAACUACUUUCCUCUCCUAAAAUGCAUGCACGGCUUCAAGUCAAACGCCUUCCAUUUGUCCUUGCACAUCCAGAGAAAUAUUCCCUUUUUGAAAUAAUUUGUGUGUGGAGCUUGUGUAUCGUAUCAAACAACUCUUUUUGCAUAGUGCAAACCUGAUCUCCAUUGAUUGCAAUGGUUGAAAUGGUUUCCAGACUCUUCAUCUGACAGAGGCGGAGAUGAGACUGAUGGUGCGUUCACGCUUUAACAGCAGGUUUUCCCGCUGAGUCAUCUCGAAUGUCUUAGUUCAUAUCGUCAUCCAGUAAUUAACGUAUAUGUUUCAGAAAAGAAAAGUACAGAAUUUAAGAUACAGUUCAAGAAAUGUUGCUAGUGAAUGCACUAGAAAAAAACAAAGGACUAUUAAAAUAUCUCAUUUAAUCCAGCAAAAAAUAGACUAAUAAAUUAUUUAAAAAAAUAAAAAAAUGCUAUGGCAACAAAACUCUUAGAUCUAUCAAUAUUUUCUUUGAAGUUUUCCAUUAAUAUUUCAUCUUUUGACAGGUUCUGAGCAGCAAAUAUCAAUUUUUUGUUGUUCUAGCUACGUAAAAAUCCUCCGCUUUCAAAGUCAAAUUUAAUUACCGAUUUUUUUUUUUUUUUUGUGGGGGGAUGAACGAAACUUGUCACACCAUAAGCCUGUUUUAGCUCCUAUUGAUUUAAAAAUAUUUCCCAUGCAGGUUUUAAUUCAGAGUUUAAACCAGAACUCCAUGUGGAAGCUGCUUCUCAUGUCUGCAAAUCCUCCAUCCUUGUAUGGCCGCCUCCGCUCUCAUCAAGAAACUUCCAAAACCGCGGUGUGCGUCUCAUGUUGCUUGCAUUUUGAUGUAACAUCCUGUUGAUGUAUGCAAAUUAAUUAUGUUUGCAAGUUGCACAUUUAUACAAAUGAUUGUACUUUUAUAUUUAUGUAAUUAAAAAUAAAACCUAUACGAGG